AUCGGCCAUCGGGCAUCGCCGAGAGUAAUGUGUAGUCGGUGCUUUCGUAGGUACGCGAUGCAUUAAACAACAUCGUUCAACGCAGCGGUAGAUUUAAGAUUUUGCUCAUGAAAGGGAACUCAACUGGUUUGGGCAACGCGGUCGCCGUAGUACGACUGUCAUUAAAUAACAUACCUAAGAGUAUACAUUCGGUUAAACUUAUACCUGAGACACCUGAACCCUUGCCCGAGUUUAAUCGACUACGCGAGUACGCGAGUUGGUGUUCUGCUAUUGCGGUCAUCGGGCGUGUUUUUCUCAUGUUGUCGUUUUGUUGUCGUUGAUACGGCGCGAUUAACGUUUUACUUCGUUCGCGGCGAAAGUUGAGUGUGUGUUUUCGUUUCAAAUUUUAUUCAUUCCCACGUGCAUGAAGUACCAAAAGAAAAAAUUUGCAGUAUUAUGAUAAAAAUGGUUCCUGUGAUACUUUUAUUUAUAAGCGCAAUUCAUCUUUCAAAUGGAUUCAAAGCGGGCGCGCCUCCUCUCAGCUGUAAAACUAUGACUCCGGGUCAUGGUGUAGCACCUCAGACGUCGCCAGCUCCUUAUAGCAUAACCAUCGUGCAAACAGAUCCUGAUGGAUCGACUCGAGCUCGUAUAUCUGCAACUGCGUCGAAUUUUUUCACCGGAUUUCUGUUGACGACGAAAUCCCAGUCACCGGAAAGUCCCGGUACGUUUAUCGCAGUACCAGAUGACUCAGCGAUCAUGAACUGCGGCCAAGAUAAGGAUGCUGCAGUUACACAUAGAAGUAAUAGUAAGAAACAAUCGGUCGAAGUGGAUUGGAAACCUUUGGCAGGAUUUGAAGGAAGUGUUACUUUCAUAGGUACUGUCGUGUAUAAUUAUUCGGUGUUUUGGACUGGAGUCGAAUCGUUACCGGUUCAAAUUGGCAAACGAUCUGUUCCCAAUAGCCCUAAUGGAAAUGAUCUGGUAUCUUUCCCCAAUAGUCCUGCUAGAAAUGAUCAGGGAUUAAACGCAGCUCAAUUUUCUACUUACAAUGGCUGCGGAACAAGUAAAACAUGCUUGUCAUAUCCAGAUAAUUGUAUCGCGUUCAAAUCAUGCAACGGAUUAGUAGCUGUGAGCCCUGAUUCAAACUCUUUUCAAAUAGAAAUGUUCGCUAAAAAUUCCAAAUACGUCGCCGUUGGGUUCUCAGAAGAUAGAUUAAUGGGAGAAGAUAUUGUUUAUGAAUGUGUCGAAGAAGGUAACAAUGUUUACCCAUAUCGAUCUUGGAACGCGCCAAAUCUUAAACGUAAUAAUCGACUUGAUCCUCGAAUUUAUGGCGAUUCUGGUAUUAGCCUGACAAGCAGUUUGAUCGCCGAUGGUUACAUUUAUUGUAAAAUAAGAAUAGAUCCAGUCACAAACAUUCAAAAUAAGAGAUUCGAUUUAAAUAACAACGAAUAUUAUCUGCUGUUGGCUUCCGGACGAGAAGCAAAUCCUAAUGGAGUUGAUUACCAUGACGAAAUUUACACUAGUUCCAAGAGUCGCCGAUCUUUAUCGGAAGUGCUUCCGGACACGGUGCCGGAUUCGUUUUACGAUGGAUGUGAUACAACGAAGACGUGCUUUGGGGUACCGGAUGGAUGCUUAGACAAGAAGAAUUGUAACGCUGUCACUUCAGUCAACGUCCAAGGAAAUAGAUACGUAUUUUCUAUGUCUGCCAAAAAUGCCGCAUACGUUGCUACAGCAUUAUCCGAAGAUAAACUUAUGGGUGAAGAUGUAGUAUUUGAAUGCGCUCAAGAGGAUAACAUUAUUAGACCUUAUGUGUCCUGGAAUGUGCCAAAUGAUAAAAGAAAUUACCGAGUGAGACAAAACUUCUUGACCCUUUUGAGCGGUUCAUCUGUUGACGGAAAAGUUCAAUGUACUGUGAUGCUAAAUAAUCCAAUUAUUAAUAUCGAAGGGAAAACCUUUGACUUGGCAAAUAAUAAAUAUGUUUUAUUGGUCGCGUCAGGAUCAUCGAUAAAACAGCCAGGCAUUAAUGGCCGACUUGGUUACCAUGAUCUCGAAAAGGCAGCCGCCAUUGAACGACGAUCGUUGGCGGAUGUUGCAGCACUAAGAGCAACUUCUCAUCUUUUUAUGAAUUUGCACGGAACUUUUAUGAUAGUUUCUUGGAUCGGACUUGCCAGUUUGGGAAUAGUGUUAGCGCGAUACUAUAAAUCAACAUGGGUAGAAAGUUCUGUAUGCGGGAAAGAUGUUUGGUUCGCUUGGCAUAGAACAUUCAUGUUCUUAGCGUUUCUCCUAACAAUUGCUGGUGUAGUCCUUAUUUAUUUAGAAGUUGGAGGAAUAUCUGGUGGUGAUGCGUGGUCUCACGCUUUAUUAGGAAUAAUCACCGUCGCGCUGACCAUUUUCCAACCUCUUAGCGCAUUUUUCCGACCUCAUCCUGAUUCUAGUCGAAGACCAAUAUUUAAUUGGUUGCAUUGGUUUGUAGGAAAUGCAGCCCAUAUUAUUGCCAUUGUUACCAUAUUUUUAGCAGUAGAUUUAAGUAAAGUCCAACUUCCCAGAUGGACAGAUUAUAUUUUAGCAGCUUAUGUGGCAUUCUACGUUUUCAUCCAUCUGAUUCUAUCGAUUGGGGGAUGCAUGAGUGAAAAAUCUGGAGGAAUGCGAGUAAACGCUAUGCAAAUGAAAGACAUGAACACUGGUAGAAAUAUACCUCAUCAGUUUGAAACGCGAAAAGAUGCUUCGUAUUCUGGUUUCAGAAAAUGCAUCUUUACGCUUUACUUCUUGAUCAUAGUCGCAAUUACUGCCUUGCUGGUAGUAUUAGUAUUCUUUUCUUCAAUGUUUGAAGAUAGCAAGUAAAUAAAUUCAUGAAGUAGAUUCGCAUUUUACCAAAGAUUUGAGAAAAGAUUGAUCAUCUUAUUUGAAUUGUCAACUGGAAGAGAAUAAACGUAGCAUUUAGAUUUUUUCUGUAUAUAAAUUAGUACUUACUUGUUUGCUUUGUGAGUCACAAUUUUGUAUUGUUGUCAUAUUUUUUUACGAGCCGAUUAAAUUAUUUGAUAAUAUUCUUUUCAACGAAACGUACCUUUUAGAAUUAUUUAUAUAGCCUAUCAACUCAUUAAGUUUAUUUCAUUAUUUUUUAAGAAUUAAUUCCGAUCUGAUAUUUUUUAUUAAGUUUAUGCCUCUAUCUAUGUAUUUUUAGAAACAUAACGAUGUAUAAUUGUGAAACGCUUCCAAUUAUUGAUAUUUUUGUAAUAUUUGUAUCUAUAGGUACCUAUUAUGAUUAUUUUUAUAGCUUUUUUGAACGCCUUUUUGUACGUACACGUAAUUUAAUUAUUAUUUUUUUCUACAUAAGUACAUCAAGUUUCGAUAAUUUCGAGAGUUUUUCUUACCUACCUAUCUUGUCAAGUAAAGCCAGUAAAUAUUUAAUCAAGUUAUAA